ACUAUWAUAAAAUCAUCAACUUCAUUAAAAUCGGAWCUGAUCCGGGUAUUGCGUGUAUGGCAUUAAUGGUGUGCGAUAAUGAGAAAAUUGAUGGCAAACAAACUAUUGAAUUGCCUAAAAAUAAUGUACAUUUAACUACAACAAAACCCAUGGAAUUGGAUAGUUCUGAGAGUUGUACUGCGUGCGAAGCAUUUAUCACAGUAUUUGAAGAUCGUUUAACCAAUGAUUCUGUAAGCGUUGAUUACUUGGAUUUAGCCGAGCUGUGCAAUGAAGUUGAAAUUGUUCACAAGGACCAGGUCAAUGACUUGCUGAAUCUCAUCAGGUAUGGUUGUAAGAUAAAAUUUGUCGACAACAAUGAUUGGCUCAUUCGAGUUUUAAUAGAAAACUUGCGAACCACAUGCAGUAAACCGUGUGUGGAAAAAAAGUAUGGGAAAUUCCAUCCCAAGUGCACAAUCUGCAAGGACAUAAUUCGCGACAUCAAGCAUAAAAUUGAAACUUCUCCGAUGGAAAAAGAUAUUCAAUACAGAUUAGAAUCAUUAUGUGACGUUUUGCCAAUUAAGGACAAGUGUGUUAACUUUGUGGAAAAAUACACCGAAAAACUUCUCAACACUUUUAUAGAUGACAUAAAUGAACAAAGYGUGUGUGUUGAAAUUGGAUAUUGCUAAUGAUAACCAAUUGAUAGAAAUCAAAUUAUAUGAAUAAACCCUAUGCUGAUAAUUAACGUUAAGGACUGAUAAUUACUCAAUUUAGUCAUUUAUAUUAUACUUUCAUUUUAUUAUAAACCUUUGUAAAUAUAGUAACUAUGGUAAGAAAUAAACGYCAACACRGAU